GCCGCCACAAAGCUCCUGGAUGAAAUGUGUCACCUGACCGCUCAGGCUCUGGCGCCGAUGGACACGUCGGAGCACUUCACCGUCCUGAAGCUCCUCGGCGAAGGCUCGUACGGCAAAGUCAUGCUGGCGGUCCACAGGAAGCGAGGAACCCCGAUGGCUCUGAAGUUCUUCCCUCGAGAGUCGACGUCUCUCUUCUCGUUCCUGAGGGAGUAUAACCUCUCGUUGACCUUCUGCACUCACCCGUCUCUGACCCGGGCGCUGGGCAUCGCCUACUCCACGCCGUCACACUACGUCUUCGCUCAGCAGGCGAGCCUCUUUGGAGAUCUCUUCGACGUCAUCUUGCCUGAGGUCGGGAUGGAAGAGGACGUCUGUCAGCGCGUCGUGUCCCAGCUCUGCGGCGCUCUGUCCCACCUGCACUCUCUCGGCUUCGUCCACAGAGAUCUCAAACCAGAGAACGUCUUCCUGUGUGACUCCGCCUGCCGCUGGGUCAAACUGGGAGACUUCGGCAUGGUGAAGGCCAGAGGCACGAGGGUCCCGGAGGUCUGGUACAGCUCUCCUUAUUGCCCCCCUGAGGCCGAGCUCGCUCGAGGGAACGAGGACAGCUGGAGUGCCGUGAAUGAUGGGAACGAUGGCAUUAAGAACGACGCAGAGACGACAAAGAGAAAGCGAGUGUGGGUGUCGGUGGCGCCCGGCGUGGACAGCUGGGCGCUCGGGAUCCUGACCUACGCCAUGCUCACCGGCAGCCAUCCCUGGGCUGAAACAGCCAGCGACUGCCGCUCGUACCUGAAAUAUCAGGAAUGGUUCGACAGAGCGAGAGGCCCCGAUGACGAGCUGGAUGUGUGGGCGGAGCCUCGUGAUGAGCGUGCGCAGGAUGUCGGGGAUUUCAUCGGGGCAGAACUUGGAAAGGAAGAGCGCCCGCCUGUCGCGCCCCAGUUUGCAUGUUUCACCCCGCUCGCCUGCUCCUUCUUUCUGUCCCUGCUCGACCCGCGGCCUCAGCUCCGUGGUCGACCGGAGGACGGGCUGAGUUACCUCGGAGGGGAUUGGCUGAUGGAGAGGGAGAGGGCGAGGUUGGAGGAGGAGAGGAAGAAGAGCCGAGGAAAAGGAGCCAUCAAGAACAUGAAGGAGAUGGAGGGGCGGGGCGAGCGAUGAGGAGAACUCUUUUUGGUUUUUUCACAGGUGAUACGAUCGUUUAACGUAGCGGUAAGAAUUUAUCUACGAUAAUCAGAGAACGCUUUAGUGCGCUGAAAAACAAGAUUCAUGUUUCUGUAUUUUAAAUGUUAUUAACCCGCACACUCGCUGAUUCAAUCACUUGGAAAAAUCCCUUUUGAUGAAUGCAAAAAGCCCAAGAGAAACUGGUUUGGUGUUCUUUGUUUCCGGAGGUUAAUAAGCUCUUUAAACUAAGUUAUUGUUCUUUAUUAAAUAUUUAAAUAUACGGGGCUAACUGUGUUUACUGGGAUCUGAACGUGGUGGAAAACAGCUGCCACUCCGGGGAUUAUUUGAGUUUAGUCCGACUGUAAUGCUUCCAUGUCCUUGUAAAAGAUACUGCACCUUCUUUAGCCCAAUGCGUCUAUAUUAGGGUGUCGACUUUAGAGUGUAUAAAUCACAGCAGGUCUGAACUGCACGGACAGAAGAGGUGCAGUUAUUCAAGCCAUAAACACUUCUGCUAGCAUGCUAAGGGGGGCGGGAGCGUCAACGCUCUUUAUUUACUUCGUUUUCUGACAAGAUAUUAAAGACAGUGAAUAUAGAGAUGAGACAUGAGGACAUCUUAAAGUUAAUCAUUAUAAAUGUUGCUCCUGUUUGGUAGCACUUGUGUAGCAUUGUUCUGUAGCUCUGAAAACGUUAGCUUGAAGCUAGAAGCUUUAAGCUAACAUAACAUUUAACAAUAGCAAUAUUUUCACAAAUGAACUCCAGGAGGGCCGCCCGAGAUCUUCCUCAGUCACUUGGUCUACACCAAGCGGUAACCUCCGAUGUUGAAACAUGAAGCCGAUGCUGAGGUGUAAAAUGUAAAAUCCUGCAGUUCCUGGAGUGUCCACU